AUGCAUCGACCCAUUUUUGGGCAUUCUUUCGCCGUGCUCGUGGCACCCAUCCUUCUCUCCGUGCUUGCAUUUUAUCUUCUCAAUAAGAAGAAAGCUGGUGUGCGUAGAAAUGGAGAAGAUGCUGAUACUGGCGCACCUGGUUCGAUGACUACGCCGACAGAAGCUGAUUGUGAUGGAUCUAGUUCGUUGCCGGCAGAAACUCAUAAUGGUGCAUCUAGUCCGUCUCCGACAGAAACUAAAUCUGGUGGAUCUACUUCGUCUCCGAUGGCAACUAGUUCCGGUGGAUCUAGUUCGUCUCCUACAGAAACUAAAUCCGGUGGAUCUAGUCCGUCUCCGACAGGAAUUAGUAAAGGCGCAUCUAGUUCAUCUCCUACAGAAACUAACAACAGUGCAUCUAGUUCGUCGACCGCGACUACUGGAAACCACUAUGAGGUGUUCUUGAGCUUCAGAGGCCCAGAUACUCGAUAUAGCUUCUCGGAUCACCUCUACAAGGGGCUCCUUAGAGCUGGAAUUGUUACUUUCAGAGACGAAGAGGAGCUCCCCCAAGGCGACGACAUCGGACCAGAGAUUUUAGCAGCCAUCACGAAGAGUCAGAUCCUGAUCCCCAUUUUGUCCGAGGGAUACGGUACAAGCAGCUGGUGCCUGAAUGAAUUGGCUCAAAUAAUGAAGUGCAAGAAUGAUAAUGGGCAAAUGGUGUUGCCUGUAUUCUACAAAGUGAAACCAGCUGACGUGGGACAUCAAAUCGGGAAUUUUGGAAAAGCAUUUCAUGAGCGUGAGAAGCGUUUGCUUGAGAGGCCUCCUUUCGACCCAACGAUCUUGGAGAAAUGGAAGAAAGCACUCGGUGAAGUCAGUACCUUGAAAGGAUACGAAGCCGAUGGGUAUGAAGCAGACUUGGUGGAAUCGAUUGUCCGAAAAGUGUUGAGCGAACUGAAGAAAAAGUUUGAGUUGCAUAUUUCUGAGAAUUUGGUUGGAAUUGAUCGUCAUGUGAAGGAGGUCAUGGAAGUUGUGGAUACUAAAAAAUCUCAUGCCACCCUAUUUCUUGGCAUCCAUGGAAUGGGAGGCAUUGGUAAGACUACUCUUGCUAAAGCCAUCUACAACAAGAUUUCCAAUCAAUACGAGCACCGUAGCUACAUUGCUGAUAUAAGGGAAUCAUGGAAGCGUAAUGGCGGACAUUAUUUACGGAAUCAAUUAAUCUAUGAUAUAUCGAAGCGCAAAAAUGAAGUCCGUAAUGAGGAUGAAGGGGUUGAGUACAUCUCCUCCAAGUUUAAAGGUAAAAAGGUCCUCCUUCUUCUUGACGACGUGGAUGAUGUCGUUCAAUUGACGCAUUUGGCCGGUAAAUCCGUGGCCGGUAAUCCUGUGGCCGGUGAUCGUGAUUGGUUUUCUUCGGAAAGUAUGAUCAUUAUUACCACCAGAAACGAGCGUAUUCUUCAAAAGUUUGGGGUGGACCAUAUCUAUGACCACAAGGAAUUGGAUUACGAACAAUCUAUGAUUUUGUUUUGUAAACAUGCAUUUAGAAAGGAGUCUCCUCCAAGGGAAUUUGAGGGCCUCACUCAUGAAGUAGUAUCCAUCACGGGAGGGCUUCCUUUGUCCCUUGAGGGAACAGGAAAAAUUGAGGCCAUUGAUCCGAGUGAAGGCAACUUAGGUGGCGACAUUUACACAGAGAAGCUCAAAUUUCUCAACCUGACAGAUUGUCAAUACUUGGAAAAUACGGACUUCCUCUCGGCUUUUAAGAGUUUGGAGGUUUUGAUACUCACCGCUUGUCGGAGACUGCAGCAAAUCGACUCUUCAAUUGGAGGCAUGAAGGCCCUCCUUCACUUGGACUUGAGCUACUGUAAGAGUCUCACGAAGCUUCCGGAAGAAAUAGGUGAAUUAAAGGCGCUGAAGCAACUCUUUCUAGCAGAAACUCCAGAACUUUCUGCAUUACCGGAAAGCAUAGGAUCUUUGCGGAAUCUAGAAAUUCUAGAUAUUGAAUACAGUGGUAUAGAAGAAUUACCCGAUGAACCGGUAUAG